AGCCGAGGACGUGACGCUGCCCAUCCGCGACAAGGGCCAGGGAAAGCGCAUGGCCGGGCCGGACCCAAGCGCUUCGGGAAUGCGACGAGCGACUCGGACGAUGAAGAGGACCUCGAAGAGCUGCUAGGCGGGAGCACGAAGCGCACACGCCGCUACGAGUCGCCGGAAACAACACGCCUCCAGCGCGCGGCAGGAUCUGGCGCGUUUCGUUCAAGCCAACCAGAUGUGGCCGUCGGACUGCGCGAUGACCCAAGGGCGACAUGUUCCGGCCCGCGCUUGCCAUUCUCCGCCACUUCUACGAUUGGGGCUUCGGGCUCCGCGGUGUGCACCUUAUGCAGUUUGCAUGGAUGUCCGACGUCGAGUGUAACGCGGCGGUGGGGCCGCAUCAACAUGACGGACUUUGCGGCCAAGGUCAACAUUGAGACGCCGACAAGAGCGCCGUGGACGCUGGACGCGUUUGCGGACGCGAUCUCGGGCCUGAAGAACAUCGUCGGCGAGUACUGCGUCCGCGAGCUCGUGGAUAUCGUCAAGAGCGCGGCGCAGAUGGUCAACAAAUCCAGGAGCCACCUGAUCGUCGGCGACUCAAGAUGCGCCGACGCCGAGCUGCCGGCCCAUACUUGCCCAAGGCCAUGCCGCGGGACUGCAGGCAGUAGCGGCGCAGAUGACGGCGGUGGCGUCGGACGGGAGUGCUGCACGUGCCCUCGACGCGAGCCGCGCACCGUGCCUCGGAAGGUGCGCUGACAGCCUGGACAGAGCGGGAUCCCUGAAAAAAUUGGCGAGCUGGCGUGAGUGCGUGCGUCACGGGGUCGAACCGGAGUUCGUCGAGCCACCGGGCGACAGGUCACCGCUGAAGAAUCACGCGUCCGGGCGCGCGGCCAUGC